AUGAUUACUUCAACCUCUGCCCUCUCGAAUGUGCCUCCUUCUGUGACCGCUUCAGCCGCACCCACCAACAACCCGCCUAGCUCUGCCGCAAGUGUCAGAAAUGCAACUACCUCAGUCCCAGGAGGUAGUCUGACCCUCAAACGAAAUCUACAUUCUGCGUUUAACGAGCCCGCCGAUACCAAAAUGUCGUCCAUGGGGUAUACUAGCCAAAGGCGCAUCAACGACAACUAUGAUGUAGUAGGCUUCAUUAGUAGUGGCACCUAUGGCAGGCCCGACAAGGAAGGAGAGUUACAAUACACGGGCAUAUCACAGUCCGCUAUACGAGAGAUGGCUCUCUGCACAGAGCUGUCCCACGAGAAUGUCAUCUCGCUUGUUGAGAUCAUCUUGGAGUCGAAAUGCAUAUUUAUGGUCUUUGAAUAUGCAGAGCACGACCUCUUGCAGAUUAUACAUUGGCAUACGCAACAUCCUCGGACUCCGAUCCCUGCGCCAACGCUACGCUCCAUCAUGUAUCAGCUUCUGGAAGGGCUUCUCUAUCUGCACCGCAAUUGGGUCAUGCAUCGAGAUCUGAAGCCUGCCAAUAUUAUGGUUACAUCUGCCGGAGUCGUCAAGAUCGGCGACUUGGGCCUUGCACGACUAUUUUACAAGCCACUCCAAGCCUUGUUUGGCGGUGACAAGGUGGUUGUCACCAUCUGGUAUCGAGCACCUGAAUUACUGCUUGGAAGUCGACAUUACACGCCAGCGAUCGACACAUGGGCAGUGGGUUGCAUAUUCGCCGAGCUUCUGAGUCUACGACCAAUCUUCAAAGGCGAGGAGGCAAAGCAGGACUCCAAGAAGACGGUACCAUUUCAAAGAAAUCAGAUGGGCAAAAUUGCUGAGGUGCUUGGUGUUCCGAGGAAGGAGAACUGGCCACUACUUCAAGCAAUGCCUGAAUAUCCUCAGUUACAAACCUUGGCCGCCGGCAAUCCUGCAGUCCAAAGGCCAAUAGGUUUGGACAAAUGGUGGGACAACCUUACUCGAAACAGUCAAUACUCGGCCGCAAACAUGCCGGCACCACAUCGAGAUGGAUUGGCCAUGCUCAAGGCUCUCCUUGAGUACGAUCCACUACAUCGACUAAGUGCUGAGCAUGCGCUUCGCCAUCCAUACUUCCUCCAUGAUGAAAGCAACUUACCAGCGGCGCCUCCGAAGAACUGCUUCGAGGGUGUUGAACACAAAUACCCUCCUCGCAAGGUCAGUUCUGAGGACAAUGACAUUCGAACAGGCAGUCUGCCAGGCACAAAGAGAAGUGGAUUGCCUGAUGAUUCGUUCCUCAGAGCACCGAAACGGGUCAAGGAAAUGUGA